ACGGGCUCUCUUCCACCAUCACAGCCAGUGUGUGUGUCAUCCUCCACCUCCGGGCAGCUUCCUCCCCGCGUUACCCUCCGUCCACCCGACUCGUUCUCACACCAGCCCGUCGCUCGACACCCGCGGCUCCACGGCGCCAUGAAGGGAAUCCGCUUCCUCGUUGUGUUCCUGGUGCUUUCCGCCUCUCUGCUGUGCAGCACGGGCGAGGCGGCCCGGAGUCGGACCAGCAACCAGAACAGCUUCCGCCGGGCGGCGAACGGCAUCUACCAGACCCUGAGCAGCGUGUUCGGAGAGGAGAACAUCAGGGGGCUGUACAAGUUUUUCUCCAAAGCAACGGAGCGGUUUGUCCAUGGAGUCGACUCUUUUCUGGACACCAUCUGGAAGAUCUGGUCAGAUCUGCUGGAUGUGAUGGGAAUCGACUCCUCGAACCUCAGCCACUACUUCAGCGUCACAUCUCUCACCAACUCUCCGGCACGCGCCCUGCUCCUGGUGGCUGCUGUGCUCGUGGCCUACUGGUUCCUCUCCAUGUUCCUGGGGGGGUUCUUCUACCUGCUGCACGCCGUGUUCGGACGCUUUUUCUGGCUAGCUCGCGUCACGCUCUUCGCCCUGUCCUGCCUCUACAUCCUGCAGAAGUUUGAGGGCGACCCGGAGCGCGCCGUGCUGCCGCUGUGCUUCAUCAUGGCGGUGUACUUCAUGACGGGGCCCGUGGGGGCGUACUGGCGUCGGGGGGGCGGGGCAGGUUCACUGGAAGAGAAGAUUGACCACUUGGACACUCAGAUCCGGCUCCUCAACAUCAGGCUGACCCGUGUGAUCGACAGCCUGGAACGCACUGCCGAUCAGUAGACUCAGGCAGCGGGGCAGAUGGGAGGGGAGGGAGGGUUUAUUGUAAUAAUGCCUGCAGACAUCUCCAGCAACACAACUUCGGGGGUAUUUACGUCUCUAUUGUCAGAAGGGGGACAAAACUAAAACCGUAUUUAAAAGGCAUGAGUUGAUUUUAUUAGCAAAAAGCCCAAAAACAUCCUCAGAGGUGUGGACAGGUAACCCGGAUCUCACUCAAAUCAAACAAAUACGUUUUUUAUUUGGUCUUUUUUGAAGCUUCCAAAUGUGUCAGCUUCAUCGAUUAUCUGAGAUCCAUGCUUUUCUCAUUUCUGCCCUAAUUCUACACCUCUGCUCCUUUAAAGUAACUUCAAAGGGGGAGAAUAAGCAUCUCUUUUGUAUUAUGUAUCCUUGUGAAUAACCUGGAGUUUACAAUUCUUUCACGGGUUCAUCCACAAACAUGUUUGAAAGUACUGAUGUAGGAGAGGGGUUGGGUGUGUGAUGCAGGGGACGGAUACAAAACCUGUAUUUCUGAUAUGUAAAAAAUCCUCAAGGUGGUGGAUAGUUGUCAUAGUAAGAUUUAUUUAUUCCAUUUCCGUAUAGAUUGUUGGAAUCAUGUAGAUGUAGUCUGUUUCAUGAAGUCACAGUUGUGUAGUGACAGUAGUUGACAUCAGGACCUCCUUUUCUUGUAUGAAUGGGACGACCUACGUGUGCAAGUGUGUGUGUGUGUGUGUCAAGCUUGUGAAAUGGGAAAGCACUGUAUCAACGAGUAGCCAUCAGACUGGGAGAGAUGCAGACAGACAGCAAUAUCUCAGGGACUCAACCAACACAUAGAUUUGGAAAUGAGACCAAGUUUAUUAAAAUCAUGUCUUUGUCUCAUUGAGUCACGGGAACCGUUUUUUCACACGGUUGCAAAUCUGUCUCGGUAUUUUAACGAUGCUUGUGUUUUUGCAGCGCGCUGAUAUUGUAAAGUUUGAUUUAUAUCUGAGGUUAAGACCAAGUCAAGUGUUUCAUUCAUCAUUUCAGUCCUGGCAUAGAUCUACCGUACUGCAGCUCUAACAUUUAAAUAGGGAAAUAGCAUUUUUUAUAUAUGAUGUGUGAAUCCACGAUCAGAUUAUCCAUAGAAGUUGUUUAGAAAAAAGUGUAUUAGUCAUUCUUCACACUGGCUUGAAAUGAAAUUCAUCUUGUAGGAUUGGAUUCUUAGUCGGGAUCAAUUUCGUAACUUGAUUACAGAUUAAGGUCUAACGAAUUUGAUGUGGGCAAAACCCCACUUGUAUUGGAAAACUCCACUUGACCCUGCUGUAGAAGCAAUGUACUUUAUUCUAUAAAAAUCAUGAUAUCCCUCCUAUAUGAUAAUUUCUCAUUAACAUUUUAAUGAUCUACACAGUAUAUCAUUGUUAAAAACAGCUUGAGCCAUGUGUCUGCUGUGUGUUAGUGUAGCCUUCGUUUUAGCUUGAUGGGCCUGUUUAUAAAUCCUACAUCUGCCGUUAUUUUUGAUAUUUCUCAUCCUGCAUUUUCCUAAGAGACUGCCCUGUUUUUUGUAUUGUUUUGCUCUCCAUCCACCAUCUCUUAUCAUCUUCAUCCUUACUCCCUCAUGCACACUUUAUAUAAAUGUAUAGAAUCUGCACUCUGUAAACAUGUGCUUUUAUACAAAUUACUCUAAUGCUGUGCAACUGGGGGAGAAUAAACAAAUGUUGUCCGGUGUCUCUUGACGGACCGGAGAUGAACACGCGUCAGUGACGUCACAGGAUGAUCUCACCAGCUGCCACAUGACGCCACUUUUGAAAGUAGAGAAAACAUAUUUAUCAUCUCGACACUCAGAUUAACAAACGCUUUAUUAAAUAUUAGUAUAUGUGAGGUGCUGUGGGAUUAGGAUGUAUGGGUGCAAUGGUAAGAUCGUUUUUGGGAGAUGGAGGGUGUUGCAUCGCUGUAAAACGAGGUACAGACAUGAGCUUUGGCUUUUCUCAGCAUAUCCUGAUAUUUACCAUACAUUAGAUUUUUCAUGUGUUGAAUCCAGCUUCUGGUUGUCAUUACACUGUGGCAUUAAGGUUACUUGCCAGUAAGAUUCUUUCUUAAAGAGAGAAACAUUUGAACGCAUGUUAUCUUACUGUGAAUCACUUGUUUGUAGGUUCUCAUUAUAACACAAACACGUCCAGUUGUCCCCUGCAGUAAACCACCCCAGGUAUCUCCAUACUAGCCAAAGUAAUCUGGGAUUUUAUUGCAUGCUGCUUUGAUGCCUAUAACGUUAUGUUUCAUGAUGUAAAUGUUGUGACUGCCUAGGUAGAGAGCCCCCCGGAAAUGUGAUUUUUGUGAUGUGAUGAAUUAGUCGGAUGUUAAAUAGGGGUUUGUUUUUUUAUUCAGUCUUUAUUUUCCUGUACUGUCGCAUAUGUACAGUUCAGACCAAACUCACAUGUACAAGACCGUCAGCCCUCGGAAUUCUUCUCAUUCCAUCAUCAGUCAAGUUGAUUAUUAUCAAACAUGUUGACUCAACUGAAUGUUGUUUUUGUUCCUAAGAUCUUAUUUUGAAGAGGAGAACCUGACCUGAGAGAGAGGCUUGAGCCUGGUCACUUUGUAGUGUGUGGUUGCGCCAACAGUCUGUAGCCAAUGACCUGUGUAUGUUUAACUAUGGACCGAACCUGUGAUCUAUGAAGGUGUUCAGUGAUUAUGAGUACUCAUGGGUGUUGUUGAAUGAUGGUUGUACCCAGUGUUUCCAAGGGCACUGCUCUAAAGUAGUGGUUUGUACAGAACCUCAAUAGUAUUCAGGAUUUGGAGAUAUCAAAACUGUUUAAGAGACGAUAAAAAGACCCAAAAAGUUCUCUCACACAGUUUUUAUUAUUUCUAGCACAACAAAGAAUUCGUUUCUGAGACAAGAACCAGCUCGUUAACACCCAGGUCAAAGAUUGAGGCCGUAACCCUCCGUUCAAACAUCAUGGAAGAAAAACUGAAUACUUUAAGUUGCCACUAGCUCAUGUAUUACAACUCACUGUUAUCAUUCAGAUACUGAAAAUUCCAGCACAUGUUUCUAUUAGUUUCUCAGCUCUGGACUGAAUGCUAUGUUCAUAUAUUUAUUGUUUUAAGGUCAUCUGAAUGAUUUGUACUUGCGUUAAUUUAAUGGACUGUAUCCUACUUAUUCCACUUAGCUUUUUAUUUCAUGCUGUGCCAAUAUUGUAUAUAUAUUUCAUUAAUUUAAGGCAAUUGUCAUAUAAAAUUUGUUUGGACAAGGAUAGAUGUUAUCAUUUAUUCAACAACGUUUUUAGCUCUUUUUUU